GUUUUCAAAUCUACCAAUGGAUUCCUUAGGGUUUCUAGUUUCGUAUGAUACCUCUCUGUAGGCGGGCCGUAUCCUGGGCGCAUGGCCAAAAUGAGUGAGACACCUGAGGGCGGAUCCGCACCUGAGUCGACAAGGUCCAAGCUUCUGACCCACAUCGAAAUAUUUGCUAGUCAGCUGACUGUAGCUCUCUCUAUCUCUUACUAAUCAAAACAAGAUGAAGUUAACUGUGUUACUCAUUUUGUUCCUCUUCUGUCACGUUGCAUCUACAGUUAAACACUCCCUGAAAAUGUUUACUACCGCAACUUCUGGAGUCCCAAACUUCCCAGAGUUUGUUGGUGCUGCGAUGAUCGAUGAAGUGCUGGGGGGUUACUGUGACAGCAACAUCAAGACCCCAGAACCCAAACAGGACUGGAUGAGGAAACUAUUAAAGGAUGACCCACAACACCUGGAGUGGUAUUCUCAGCAUUGUUUAGGUCACCAGCAGUUCUUCAGAGCCAAGUUGGACAGCCUGAAGCAGCGCUUAAACCAAACGGGAGUGAAACACUCCCUGAAAUUUUUCCUUACUGCAACUUCUGGAGUCCCAAACUUCCCAGAGUUCGUGGGUGCUGCGAUGGUCGAUGAAGUGCUGAUGGGUUACUGUGACAGCAACAUCAAGACCGCAGAAGUCAAACAAGACUGGGUGAGGAAACUAAUAAAGGAUGAGCCACAACAACUGGAGUGGUUUUCUCUGAAGUGUUUUGAUACCCAGCAGUUCUUCAUAGACAACUUGGACAGGCUGAAGCAGCGCUUAAACCAAACUGGAGGUGUCCACAUUUUACAGAGGAUGGACGGCUGUGAGUGGGACGACGAGACUGGAGAGGUUGUUGGUUUUAGUCAGUACGGUUAUGAUGGAGAAGACUUCCUUGCAUUUGACCUGCAGACGCUGACAUGGACCGCUCUAAAGCCACAGGCUGUCAUCACCAAACUUAGAUGGGAUAAUGACAAAGCUAGAUUAGAACGCGACAAAAACUACUACAGCCACAUAUGUCCUGACUGGCUGAAGAAGUACCUACACUAUGGGAGGAGCUUUCUGCAGAGAACAGAGCGUCCCUCAGUGUCUCUCCUCCAGAAGACUCCAUCCUCUCCAGUCAGCUGCCACGCUACAGGUUUCUACCCCGACAGAGCCAUGAUGUACUGGAGGAAAGAUGGAGAGGAGAUUCAUGAGGACGUGGACCACGGAGAGAUCCUCCCCAACCACGAUGGAUCCUUCCAGAUGAGUGUUGAGCUGAACCUGUCAUCAGUCGCACCUGAAGAUUGGAGGAGGUACGACUGUGUGUUUCAUCUCUCUGGUGUGGUGGACGACAUCGUCACCAGACUGGACAAAGCAGUGAUCAGGACCAACUGGGUUCCUCCUGCAGGGUUCCCUGCUGGUCCUGUUAUUGGAGUUGUUGUAGGACUGCUGCUGCUGCUGCUGGCGGUCUGCAUCGCUGGACUCUUCAUCUGGAGGAGGAACAAUAACGGGUUUCGCCCUGCUAACACGGGGCAGUGAACAUAGAAGAGGAUGCUGAACUCCACAACUUUCUGUCUCAGAGGACUUUACAAUCUGUACAACAAAUAUUUCAUUAUUAUUAUUAUUGUUAUUAUUAUUAUUUUUAUAUUCCUGGAAGUGAGAUCAAAAUGUCAUGGUCUGGCACUGUACCAGAGAACAUUGGACUUUUUCUUUUUGUUAUAAGUUAAGACUGUCUUAUCUCCUCCUUUUGGUUUAUUACUUCUGUUAUUGUGAUUUUGGUUUGUUUUGGAUUUGGGUUCUUUUAUAUUUAUGCAUUCCAGUGUUUCCUGUUUUAUUUUGAAAUUCACUCUUCCUGUGUCUUGUCUGGUUUUACUUCCUACCUUUGUUUGUUUUCCCGCCUUUUUUGAUUGUCUGCCCCGCCCUGAUUUGUUCCACCUGUGUCUAAUCGCCCUCUUGUAUUUAAGCCCUCUGUUGUUGUCAGUUCGUGUCGCUCCUGCCUAGUCUGUGUUGUCUCCGGUGUUAUCUCUGCCAUCCUGCCAUCCUGCCUGUGAUCCUUGUGUCUUCUGGUUUGUAAUUUAGUUUUUGUUCUCAGUUUAGUUUUUUGGUGUUUUUCCUUUGUACUUUGUUUUUCUCAGCCUGCCCUCUGUUUUUGGUUUUCAUGUAAGAUUUGUUUUUUCCACCAGCUUUACAAUUAAAGCUUUCUUUUUAUUAAAUGUAUCUGUCUCCCUGGUCACUCUACAUUUGGGUCCACCCUUUAAACUAAUACCUUGACAGAAUGAACUGACCAAAAUGGACCCAGCAGAGUUGAACAUUUGUUCUUUAAAAGUUUGUGAGUUUGAGUUGACUGUGGAAAGACUAGUUUCUGCUCAUGCUAUUGAGUGGACUUCCCUCCUGGAUCAGCUUGCUAUGCAGCAGGAGGAUUUUAAGGAGAAGCUGUGGGUGAGCCACUUUGUACCCCUUUAAACUAAUACCUUGACACAAAUCUAUUUUACAAGGGAGACC